GUCUAUUGCAGCUGGAGUACAAGAAGAAGAUACGUAAACAAACGACGCUGAAAUUUUGAUGGUUUUAUAUUAAAACUUUGGAAAUGCCGACAAUCAUAGCCGUCGAUGCAUCAAUUUCGAUGCUGCGCCAGGUGCCUGGCCGGAAUGAGCACACGUAUCUAUCGCUGGCCACGAAGGGCAUCCAACAUCUACUGGACAAUUUCACGGCAGCCGGCAAACUGGAGCACCUUGCUCUGAUGUCGUACACAAUGACCGCGGAGCUGAAGGUGGACUUCACGCGGGACUACGAUCAGAUACGACAGGCGGUAAAGAAGAUCGAGACGGUGGACAAGUCGUGUCUGUUGACCAUGCUCAAGACAUGCGUCAGCAUAAUGUCCACCUGGGGCGCACAGAACGUCCUGCAGCUGGUUGUGUUCACCGACUGCGGUCUGGGCUUUUGCAGCACUUCGAUUAGCGGGUUUCUGGAGACUUAUGCAGGCAAGGAAGCCGAUCCAGAAUACGCGUGGCUCAGGACUGUGGCCAACUACAAUCUGAACUUCAUUUGUCUGGGACUGCACAGUGAUCUCUUUUUUACACGAGCUCUGGUCGUGUAUCAGCAGCUGCUAGAUGCUGCCGCACUGAAGGGUCAGCUAUUUAUGACGCCUGUCAAGAACCCAGAAACAAAUGAGAAUGGCACCUCCACUACGCCGAGUCACAAAAGUGAGCUGGGACGCACUGCCGUUUUUGAGCUGAUCGAGCGUCUGUGCGAGACGAGCUACAAGUCCACCGAGGUCACGUUGAAGUGCGGAAGCUAUUUCCGCAUGGAGGCACCCGUCCUGCUCUGGCCACCCACAAUACCGUAUGAGCAGCCGGCUGUGCUUGGCGUGGAUGUGGCGCAGGUGCGCCAAAUUGAUCAGCGUAUCGAGGUGUGUGGCUUCCUCGCUCUGUCCGACAUUGGCUCGCCGGCGACUCUCAGCCGGCAUUGGGUACUGCCGAAGGUCGAGCGUGAGAAGAGUACUGCCAGUCGUCGCUCGGCGGGCAUGGCGGCCGUGGCGAAGCCAGCCAAACUCAUACUGGACACUAGCAAUCCGAACUAUGUGCUGGAGAGUCUUGAGCAGGAUAUUCGUGAGUUUUACGCCAAGGAUCCCAAGGACACCGAAGAGAGCGGCGACGAUGCGGAUGUUACGAUCGUGCUCAAGCACAGCACUGGCCCGCAAACGGAGCAGCAGAAGGAGUGCCUCUGUGUCCUGCUGCACGGCGCCCUGAAAAUGGAGAAUAUGGCCGCCUUGGUGCGGGUGGGCGAGAAGUGGUACGGCUUCAUCUAUGCCUUCACCGAUGGCAAAAAGAAGUCGAAUCUGAUGCUGAACAUUUUGCCGCCAGGAUCGAAUGUUAUACCCUGGCUGGGUGAUCUGGAGUUACUCGGCUUUGCCGAGGAUCUGGCCCCCGGCGAAACGGCCAGCUUCCCAGUUCGUGCCGAUCGUCGUUCCUAUUCGCAGAGCAGCGUUGUGUGGAUACGACAGGCGAGUCUACAGUCCGACGUUCAGAAGGUGCUGCGCCAUGCCAAGAAGAUGCCGGACAAGACCCAGCACUUUUACAAGGAACUCAAUCGCAUUCGUCGCGCCGCGCUGGCGCUCGGUUUCGUCGAGCUGCUCGAGGCUCUGGCCAUGCUCCUCGAAAAGGAGUGCGCACAUCUCAGCUUGAAUGGCGCCAGCAAUGAGUGCACUGUGCAGCUACAGCAUGCCGCGACGGAGCUCCGGAAAACCUCUAAUCGUGACAUCAAAUCCACAAUUGUGCCGCAUCAAAGGGGCGGGGUACCCGAUGCCAGCAGCUCUGCUGCCGCUGCGUCCACAGCGGGCUAUAUGUAUUAAAUUGUCAUUGCUAAACGGUG